AUGAGCGAGCAAAUUAAAUUUAUAGUGGAGCAGCUCAAUAAAGACCCCUUCAAGAAAAAUUUCAAUCUCAUAACUUUUGACUCCCUGGAACCCAUGCAACUGCUGCAGAUUCUCAAUGAUGUCCUGGCCGAGAUUGACCCCAAGCAAGCCAUUGAUAUUCGUGAGGAGAUGCCUGAGCAGACGGCUAAGAGAAUGUUUACUUUACUGGGAAUGCUGAAGUACAAACCUCCAGGAAGUUCAGCUGAAGCGAGCAGUUUUCGCCAGGGUCUGGUGACUGGAAGCAAGCCAGUGGUGCACCCUGUCCUGCACUGGCUGCUGAUGAGGAUCCCGGAGCUGAAGAAGAGGGCAUAUCUGGCCCGUUUCCUCAUGAAGCUUGAGGUGCCCGCGGAGUUCCUGCAGGAUGAGGUCAUUGCUGAAACGCACCAUCAGUAUGAAGAGCUGGUGGAUGGCUUCAAGGGCUACCACAAGGAAUGUGAACAGCUGAAGAGCUCCGGCUUCUCCACUGCUGAGAUACGAAGGGACAUCGGUGCAAUGGAGGAGGAGAAGGACCAGCUCAUUAAGAGAGUGGAGCGUCUAAAGAAGAGGGUGGAGUCAGUGUCCAACCACCAGCACAUGCUUGAGCUGGCAAGACAACUGCGGGUUGAGAAGGAGAGAGAGGAGUCCCUUGUUCACCAGAAACAGGAACAGAAGAACCAGCUGUUCCAGGCAGAGCAGAGGCUGCAGAGAUCGCAGCUGCAGCUGAAGGACCUGCGACAGGCAGCGGCAGAUGCCAAGCCGGAGAGCUUAAUGAAGAGGCUGGAGGAGGAGAUCAAGUUCAACUCCUACAUGGUGACCGACAAGUUGCCCAAAGAGCUGGACAGCAAGAAGCGGACGGUGCAGUACCUGCAGAAGGUGGUGGCCGAGCCAGCCAUGGGGCAGGCGGAGCUGGGAGAGCUGGAGGACAAGAUCCGUGAGAUAAACAUGCAGAUUAACCAGCUGAUUGAGAAGAGAAUGAUGAGGAAUGACCCGAUGGAUGACAAACUUUCCCUCUUCAGACAGCAGGCCUCCAUCAUCGCCCGUAGGAAGGAAGCGAAGGCGGAGGAGCUCCAGGAGGCGCGGGAGGAGCUGGUCGGGAAUGAGAGAGACCUGACCCAGAAGAACAGCCAGGCCCGCAACCUGGAUGGCACAGAGGUCAUCCGAGGAGAAGAGUUUAAACGGUUCGUGGGGAAACUGCGGAGCAAGGGCACCGUGUUCAAGAAGAAGAGGCAGGAGAUGGCGGAGCUGAGGGCGGAGUAUGGCAUCCUGCAGAGGACAGAGGAGAUCCUGAAACAGCGCCACGAAGCCGUCCAGCAGCAGCUGCAGUCCAUGGAAGCGAAGAAGGGCAUCUCGGGGUACAGCGACACCCAGGAGGAGCUGGAGAGGGUGUCGGCCAUCAAAAGCGAGCUGGACGAGAUGAAAGGGCGCACUCUGGACGACAUGUCCGAAAUGGUGAAGAAACUGAACUCGGUGAUCGUGGAGAAGAAGUCUGCCCUGGCUCCUGUUAUUAAGGAGCUGAGACCUUUGAGACAACAGUGCCAGGAGCUCACGCAGGAGUAUGAGGAAAAGAAAGCCCAGUAUGACAGCUGUGCCGCAGGAUUGGAGAGCAAUCGGUCCAAACUGGAGCAGGAAGUGAGGGCGCUCAGGGAGGAAAUGGCCCAGGAGGAAAGCCGAUACCACUACAUCAACUGCAUGAGGCAGAUCAUUGAGAUGCAAAUGGAGAGGGCGGCGGCUGAGAUGAAGGCCUACGUGUCUCCUGACCCGCAGGAGAGGAGGAAGGCCAUCAGGGAGCAGUACAUGAAGAACAUCGCAGAGCAGGAGAGUUUAGGCAAGAAGCUGCGGGAGGCGCAGAAGGCCGUGCGGGAGAGCCACGGGCCCAACAUGAAGCAGGUGAAGAUGUGGCGCGACCUGGAGCAGCUGAUGGAGUGCAAGCGCCAGUGCUUCAUGAGGGCCCAGAGCCAGGCCUCCAUCGGCCAGGUCAUCCAGGAAGGGGGCGAGGACAGGCUGGUGCUGUGAGGGCCUGGGGCCCCAGUCCGGCUUCACCGCCGCGGCUGCAGAGACGGGGCUAAACAAGGGUCUUCGGUUUCUACCGACCGUCACGUGGGUUGAAUUUAAAAACUGUUGUCUAAUUACAGUGCGUUACACUGCUUAUGCAGGUUUUGAACACUUGUUCAUUUUUUGUGUUAUCUUCCUAUCACUUUUUGUGCCUGUAGGUGUCUUUGCUCUCAGCUGCUCUAGAUAAAAAUAAGACUGCAUCUCUCUCCCCCCCGUCAGCAUUAUUCCCAGAUUAUGCGAUAAGAGAAAAAACGCCACAACUGUGUACAAUUUUACCUUUCAUCUUCCCUGAAGAGAAGCAUUUUCGGUGCAGAGAAUUGGGCAGGGGUGCUUGGUGAGGCCAGAGCAGAGAGAACACAUGUCGUAGGAGGUGUUGGGCGGAUAAGUGGGGGGGGGGGGGGGGUCAGCUUUCUCUGGCCUGCGGACUUCAAACAAAUCCACGGCUUCCAUUCUGACACAUCUUUAAGACUACUGCUCCCGUCUGUGCAUCUAAAGAUAACGGCCUACAAAGUGUUGCACUUGGGACACUGCUGCCCCCUGUUAUUUUGGGAAACAACGGACAUGACCUUGUGUAGAAGAGCUUGCCAAUUUUGGAGUUGACCCGGACCUCCGCUGUUUCGGUACGAUAGUGUGCGACGGGGGGUGGUGGACAAUCAUCCUCUGACUGAACGUGAAUGUGCUUCUGUUUUUUUAUUUUAUUGCUUUGUCUUUGGUUACGGCAUUAGUGCUCUCCACCAUGGGGGGAGUCUCUUCAUUCAUUAUUAGAAUUAAUGAAUUAAGUCAGACUUCAAUAUUCUUUUUUUAAAUAACUUUUCAUUUUGUGUGAUUUUGUUGUAUUUUGUUGACUAGAUUGCUCCACUUUGAAUACGUACAAUGAGCUUUUGAAUGUGGGGAAUUGCAGCCACCUGCACAUUAGGAAGUGGUCAUUGAAAAGUGGAAUACAUUACAAGUUUGUGUGCUCCACAUAUGGGUAUGCAAAAAAAAAAAAAAAUUCCAAGUUGACUUUUAUCAUGGUCACUUAACUUUUCCAGUGACACAAGCCUCAAAUCAUUGACUGACAUUUCAUCUCCCUCUAUACAUGCACAUGUUUGAAAUUCCAAAACUGUAUGAUGGCUAGAGGCGGGGAAGCAUAUGGACAAAGAUGAGAAACCACUACAAACCAAAUGUAAAAUUACCCAUUAGAAUUCUGAACAAAUCAAAUGGUUUUUUCUCUCAUAUAGGUAAUGACCAAAUUAAAUGAGUAUUUAUCGCACAGGUUUCUAUUGUGAUAUACUGUUUGACUAAUUUAUAUAUUUAUGUUUUCCUUUCUAAUUACAUCCCUUAUUUUCUCUCUUUGGAAUUGUACAGGAAUUAUUGCAGUGAACUCUUAUCUUGGUAGUCGAUUUCACAAUUCAUUGCUUGACCACAAAACCUCUCAACUGCAUUUUUCUUAUUUCUUUCAGGUUUUUAGAUUGUUUUCUUUCAUUGCACCUCACUGGCUGUCUUUUCCAGUGCAGAUAGCAGGAACCUUAUGUAGCCCUGUCAUGCGUACAUGAGUUCUGGCUUCCAGAUACCCAGAGAUACCAUGAAGUUGGAAAAUAAGAAACCAGUAUAUCUGUGUAUGUGUACAUGUGUGCAUUGUUUUUUGGGUUUUCUUGGGUGUGUGUAAGAUAAACUUCUCUCAUAAAGCUAAUUUUCCUAUGAGAAAAUACUUAAUGUUUAAUUUUUUCUCAGAUGCAUUUUUCUGUACUUAAUUUUUUCAUAUCACACAGUGGUAAUAUUGUAAUAAUUUGAUUUAAAAAAACAGGAGCUUAGGCAUACAUGUUUGCCUGUGGAAAACCACUUAUUUGUAAUACGCUCUUAAAAUGGGAAUUUGUUUUCCAGCGCAAUGCUGUAGAUUAUGGAACUCAGCAAAGCACCUCAACAGAACAUCGCGGUGACGCUUACCAAAACUAAACCUGGGAACAAAUGUUUUCAACAUGUAUUGAUGGAUGCUGCUUUUAAACUUGAGCAACUACAAAGACUAUUGUAGGGUGAGGAUGGGGCAUUCCCCGCAUGCAACGAAGGUAAUUUUAGGCUCCAUCCUUCCCCCUUCCUCUCCCUGCAGCGUAACUCAAUCCGCCGCUGACAGGCGCGGUUAGCUUGCCACUCGGACGGACGUAUCAGGUGUAGAUUCUCCUAAAAGGGAACUUGAUUCGAGCUUGGUAUGUCGGGGUUAUUAUUAAUGAAGAAGAUGAGCGGGGAGGCCGGGGUCUCAUUAAGAUGUGUUAACGGAUGAUAGCUGCUGUUCUUGUGGGAGGACUCUCUGUACCCUACGUAGGCAAAAAUCCUACGCACAAUGGGGCAACCUCCCCAGACUUUUUUUUUUCUGGCCUACACUUAUCCCUAUCUCCAACCACUCAAACUUACUACUAACCAGUUGUGACUGUGGAAAUUCCCUGCACUGGCUUAACCUAGAGUAUCCAAGAGCCUUAUCAGAUUUUCUGUUUUUCUGUUUGUGCCCCCCUAGCCAGAAGUGGACUUGAUAAUCACAGUGAUACUGACAUCCACUGAAUGUUUUCAAAAGACUGUUUUUAUCUAACUGCAUUUAUAUUCAGUCUCUGAGUUGAGUGUAUAAGACUUUGAUUAGUUUUCCCAGAAUACAAAUGUCUUUAUCUGUGCACUUAAUUGGCUGAUUUAGCAUACAUAGAUUCACUCAUUACAUAGAGAUAAAAUUACCUAUCAGGCAUGACAUGAUGUCAGACCUCAGUAAUCCACUCUGAGUCAGUGGUAAUCACACAGGUACAACUCAGCACAAGGAAGUGAGAAAUAAACAGAAGAUCUUCAUCAGCUGUCACUCAGAGCAGUGCCAAAUUUUAGGUCUGGAACCAAGCGUCCCGUUGGCUCUGCUGAACAUGAAGCUGUCAACCACCAGAUAUUCUACUCUUAUCUAAAAUCUCCUCUGUAAUAUAAUACUGCAUGCAGCUAUACAGCCUGGUGGCACUUUAUCAGCUGUCGGUGCUCUGUGUGACUAACGCUAGAGGGUGCACUGAUGACUCAGAAUACUACCAUGUAAAGCAAUGCUGUAAUGCAAGAUGGAACACAGGAGGCUAAUACAAGUCUGCAUGGAUUUAGAAUGUACAUGUUUUAAAACUACUAACCUAGACCACAGUUGGAGAGUAACACUAUUUGAUAAUUGGCAGAAUUGCAAACAAUAGCUCUUUUAAUAGAGGAAAUGCUAGUGCUAGGAGAAAUAAUAUGGUAUUACUAUUAGAAUAUUUAUGGUUACAGAUAUUAGUGCAAUAAUAAUCAUACACCUCAUCAUUAUAAUCAUAGUAAUAGAAUAUAUUAAAAUACCAACAGGAAAUUGUAAAGAGCAAGCCUCCAUUCUUUAAUGUUUGAGCAAUAAACAGCAGAAUCACG